CAAGGUGCGGCUGAGGAACAGGUGCGAGAGGAAUCACUGAGAGACUUUAUAAACUGAAACAUCACCGUUGUCUGCUGAUUUGUUUUCAGAAAGCUAGGGAAGACGCAAAGAGAAAAUAAGAGACAGACACUUUCCUCAGCAACAAAGCAAACAUUGCUAAAACCCGUCCGAUUGUUAAGUUAGUGGGGGAUUUGUACCUUCAGAGCAGGUGGACGUCGUCUUUGUUGAUUCGCCGCGAAGUCGUUGAAGCAGAAGUAGCGUGGUGGAAAUGGCCAACAAAGGUCUGCAGCUUUUGGGAUUCGCCCUGGCCCUUUUGGGUGUAAUUGGACUGAUAAUUGGCACAAUUAUGCCUCAGUGGAAGAUGUCUGCUUAUGUUGGGGACAACAUCAUCACAGCGGUGUCCAUGUAUGAAGGACUGUGGAUGUCCUGUGCGUUCCAGAGCACAGGCCAAAUGCAGUGCAAAGUCUACGACUCAAUCCUGCAGCUCAACAGUGCCCUCCAGGCAACCCGCGCCCUGAUGAUUGUGAGCAUUAUUGUAACAGUGGCCGGCUUGGGCGUAGCUUGCAUGGGAAUGAAGUGCACCAACUGUGGAGGAGAUGACAAAACCAAAAAGGCCAACAUUUCAAUUACUGGUGGUGUUAUCAUCCUGGUCGGAGCUUUGUGUUCUGUUGUUGCCUGCUCCUGGUAUGCUAAUGACAUCAUCAAAGCCUUCUACAACCCUUUCACCCCUGUCAAUACAAAGUAUGAGUUUGGUUCUGCCAUCUUCAUUGCCUGGGCUGGCGCAGCCCUGGCUGUAAUAGGAGGUGGCAUGAUGUCCGCAUCGUGCCGCAGACAAAAAUCUACACCGAAGUAUCCCAUCUCCAGACCUCCCAGCAGCGGCAAGGAAUACGUUUGAACAGGCAGGACUCGGUGUUAGAGGCUGAAGGAACACUUUGACAUUCACCCUAGUCCAACUCAGAGAUUGAAAGGUUGAAAAGAUAUAUCCCAGGAAGUGAUCAGUACCAGUUUUAUUUUAUUUUUUUAAUUUGUCUCUUAGUUUCUUCAGGGAGAACCUGUGAUGUUACUGUAAUAUUUUAACAAAUACAUUAAAGUUUUAAAUAACUGCUGUUUACUACUUAAAGAGCUUAUUUGCUUUUCCCUGUCUACAACUUACUUACUAUGGUGUAUACUGUCCACUUUGUUGACGUCAGUAAAGCACUAAGUUCAAAUUAAGGAAGGGAAACGCCAAUAUUACACAACUUGGUAGUAGAAAAUAUCUUUCACCUGCUGCAUGCCACAGUGUACAGAGUGUUUGUGAAUGCACUGAAUAGAAAUCAGAUAUGGCAGUGGACACCAUUUUGUUACUGUGUAUGCUGAAUCUAUGUAGGUUAAUAUCUGGCACUUGAGAAACAAUUUCCAUGUAUUUGUGCCUUAUUUUGUUUUUUUAUUUAUAUGAAAAUGACAAAUCAUUCAGUACCACUAUACACUGUGUUUUAAUCAAGUGCCGCAGUGAAAUUGUAACUAUAUAAAACGCAAUAAAUUCCUUUAACUCAGAUUGAUGACCUUUUUGCUGAAAUACAUACAGCGUGAUGAUGUGAUGUAUUUGGUGACUUGUUCUGUAAUUGCUGUUGGUGUGGAAGCGCUUGCUUAUUGCUUUUGUUUUUUUUAGUCAAUAGUUUCACUCAUCACAUUUUCAUUUUUUUUAACCUUUUCUAAAAUUGUGAUUUGUGAAGUUUGUACAUAAAAUAAAAGUGGAAAAUGUACCCUUUCUGGAAAUGCUGUUUAUGCAUAAUGGAACUUUCAUCAAAGGAAAUGCAGCUCCGAGUGCUUUAAAUAAAACGGAUUAAAACCAUU